GGGAAUCCGCCCACCGGAUCAAGAGGAGGUGGAGGGUGGAAAGACAUAUAAAGCUCCCUGGGAGCUGCUUGCCUUUACUGUCCAGGUUGCACGGAUCUGCUCUCAGCAUGAAGUCACUUCUGGUGGGGCUGCUGCUUGGCCUCGCGUGUGUGGAGCUAGCCCAGUCCCUGCGGUGUUACACGUGCAAGGAGCCAACAGACAUUUCUGAGUGCAGAACACCCACCCUGUGUCCCCCGAAAGCCAAGGUGUGCACAACAACGCUGCACUCUGUAGACACAGGUUACCCCUUUUUCGGCAACAUCACCGUGACCAGAAAGUGUGAUGAGACCUGUGUCAACUACGACGGGAUAGGUUCAAGCAGGCCCACAUCGUGCUGCUACACCGACCUCUGCUCUGAUGAUACCAGGAGCAGCAGGGGGGAGAGAAGCAGCUCCUCAGCACUGGGCCUGAUGGCCUUGGUUGUUGGCAUGCUCCUCCAGCGCGCUCUGUGAAGCCAUGGGCACCCUUGCUCCGACCAAAGCAUCUCCUCCCCUCUCUCUGCCAAGACGCCUUGUAAACUUUUAGAUGCCUUGGGAGAAAACCUUCUUUGCUCAAGUGUGUCUUCACCCAUCUUCAGUGUUGUGGAUUCAAGUGGAUUUCAGCCAAAAGUUUGGGCGCCUGGACCUAAACCCUUCAAAUUUCCCGUUUUCAGCUGUUAAGCAGAUGUUCUCCAUCUGUGGUUGCUUCUUGUCCCCAGGACCCACAUCUCACCUUGCAGCUUUCCUCACCAUGAAGCACGGUGAAGCUUGGAGAUGAGCCUCAGCCACAGCAGGGGAUGCAGGCACGCUGGACACAACGAUGCUGUUUCUCCAGAUCUUCCUCAGCUCCCACAAAACGUGCACCCGUGUGCUUCUAUCAUAUUUCAAUGCACAACCCCCUCAAAAGCUGGAACCCUCCAUCAGCAUCUUGGCUUCUUUUCUUUCCACAUUGAGUGCCAUCUCCAAAGGCAAAUGGAUGUUGGAACCCUCCCAGUACCUGCUCAACAGAGUGUGGUCUGCAGAUGUAGAGAGCUGGCACUUAACUUUAUCUAGAAUUAGCCAUUGAAUGAGUUCAGAAGGGCUCAGCCAUCAUGCACUGAGAUGGAAAGUAUUUCUGGAAAGCUGAUAAGCUACCCAGGACGAACAAGCCAAGGCAGUUUAGACUCGUAAAAGCAAAUCGAGAAGUUUGGCCAGCCCAACCCCCACCAGCCCUUUGCCUGAGCUCAGGUUGCAAUCAGAGCCCCAGGCUUUCUCUUUCCAGAUGUUUCACAAGCUGUUUCAAGCAACUUUUUCUGUUAGCCUGCCCUCCCCCAUCCCUUCACAGCAGGGGCCACAGGAAAGGAAAAUAAAUGAUUAUUCCAGACCCUCAGCUCUAAAGUCAACCUUUCCACUCGAUGCUGGUUAAUGGUGCUACCAGGCCCUGCUGGGGACUUGCUCCAUUCUCCCUUGGAGUAGCUGUAGGAUUUGAGUUUGAUGCCCUUUCUGCUGUAAAAACAGAAGGAGUGGAAGCUGACCCAAAUGAGCUAGACGUGGCCAGUUUAUGGCCCCUUUUGGGAGGGGACAGCAGGGGAGCUUGCAUUUCUCUUUGGUCUUAUUCCUUGGCUCAUCCAGGGGAGCAAAAGGGAACCUGCAAGAACAGGGGCAGAGGGGAGCAAGGGCACAUCCCGUGCACCAUCCUCAUGAAAGCUCCAUUCAUGAAGCCCCUGUGACCUCCUCUAUGCUAAACUCCAUUUUCACUCUGGUUCUAUACAAGACAUCAGCCAAGAAAAUCAAGGAAAAAGAAGGGGGAAUUCUGUAUGAGAAUCCAGUGAAUAAAGUUGGAUCCUCCCA